GUAGGUUGCCUAGCGAUCCUGAGGAAGCUGAUGUGUUAUUCCUUCUCUGCAUCGAAGGAUCAGGAAGUUUGUGCUCUCUGCGUGGCUGAGAAGUUUUUCUACCUACUAGGACGGGGGGGAAGAGGGGGAACAGGUGUCCCCCUAAAACAGAGCGCAAGCUGCAGCCUGCGUCGGGCCGUAACCCAGGAGUAACGUCAGUUACAACGUUAAAGACAUUGUGCUAGUUGCUAUGGAGACUAUAAAAACCCAAGAAGACAAUAUCCCUGCCCUCAAGAAGUUUACAGUUGAGAGACAGCCAUACCAAAAGAAAGACUAUAAUAAAUACUUUAAAGGAUAAACAGGUGAGAAUGACCACUUUAACUCACCGGGCCCGUCGCACUGAAGUAGGCAAGAACUCUGAAAAGAAGGUGGAAAGUGAGGAAGACACUAAUCAAGACAAGAGUCCAGACAAUGAGGACUCUGGUGACUCUAAGGAUAUUCGCCUCACCCUUAUGGAAGAAGUAUUGCUCCUGGGACUAAAAGAUAAAGAGGGUUACACAUCUUUCUGGAAUGACUGCAUAUCAUCUGGCCUGCGAGGGGGCAUCCUGAUAGAGCUGGCCAUGCGGGGUCGAAUCUAUCUGGAACCCCCCACCAUGCGUAAGAAGCGACUACUGGACAGAAAGGUAUUGCUAAAGUCAGAUAGCCCAACAGGAGAUGUUUUACUGGAUGAAACUCUCAAACACAUCAAAGCAACUGAACCCACAGAAACCGUCCAGACAUGGAUAGAGCUACUCACAGGUGAGACCUGGAACCCCUUCAAAUUACAGUACCAACUGAGAAAUGUGAGAGAACGAAUUGCAAAGAACCUAGUAGAGAAGGGUAUUCUAACCACAGAGAAGCAGAAUUUCCUCCUAUUUGACAUGACUACUCAUCCAGUGACCAAUACAACAGAGAAACAGCGACUAGUGAAAAAACUUCAAGAUAGUGUCCUAGAGCGGUGGGUGAAUGACCCCCAGCGUAUGGACAAACGAACACUAGCGCUCCUGGUGCUGGCCCACUCCUCUGACGUGCUAGAGAAUGUCUUCUCCUCUCUGACAGAUGACAGGUAUGAUGUGGCAAUGAAUCGAGCCAAGGACUUAGUAGAACUGGACCCUGAAGUGGAGGGGACAAAGCACAGUGCCACAGAGAUGAUCUGGGCUGUGCUGGCAGCCUUCAAUAAAUCCUAAAGCCAGUGGGUGGGUUUCUCCUUUUUCCCCUGCUGGCUCAUGACUGUCAGAGACACCACACGGAGUUUUGUGUGAUGGGAUGUUUUUCAUCGUUUUUUGUUUGUAUUUUUUUUUUCCUUCUCUUGAAUCAGACUUAUGAUUUGGGGAGAGCCAACUUCAGGGCUUCUCCAUAAACCUUGACCAUUGUAAGCAGACUUUAUUUCUCCCUAAAUUUCCACUGCAGAGGUGAAUAAACUAGGUGAAUACACACACACACACACACAAUUAUCACUUUCUCUCAUUCCUGGUUUGCUUCCAUCCAGUGUGCUUUUGGAUAAACAGGAAUAUCUAAGUGGGAUUUGGAGUUCUCCAGCCACAAAAUGUGAAUGAGAUGUAGAGCAAACCAUUAAUUAAGAUUUCUAAGGUUUGUUUUCUAUCUCUUUUUUUAAGUGGACUCCACAUCCAAUAUGGGACUUGAGCUCAUUACCCUGAGACUAAGAGUUGUAUGCUCUAUCAACUGAGCCAGCCAGACGCCCUGUUUUCUAUCUUAAAUACACGUUUUCACAGUCUUUGUCUCUCAGACUCUACUAAGGAUUGUAGUUAUUGAAAUAACUGUCUGGGCAGUAGAAACAAAACUAAUUUUUGGAGCAGAUGGUCUCUGGGAUUAUAUGUCCCACUAAUGAUUUUUCAGCUUUCCUUUUCUAACCUAAUGAGAAUAUUGCAAAUUUGCUUACCUGGUUCUCACAGUCCUAGAAUCAGAAAUAUGUUCUGUACUCUCUCUUAGCAUUAUCCUACUCCCUCGUUCAUCAGGGCAAAAGUCUGAAUGAAAAAAAUGGGUCUCUCAGCCACGUCCUUCAUAUAAUCAGCAUUCCAAUUUAUAAGGGAGGGAGGUGGCAUGAGAAUUUCCACCCUUUAGCUCAUGAUUGUCCUGGUUCCUCCAGAUUUACUCCAUAUGUCUCUGCUCUGAUCAAAUUGAGGGAAUUAUAAAUUUCAGUUGCCUAAUAGCAGCAUCCUGAGUCCAGACAGUGUAUCUAAACUCCAGAUCUUCGGGGCGCCUGGGUGGUGCAGUCAGUUAAGCGUCCAACUUCAGCCAGGUCACGAUCUCGCGGUCCGGGAGUUCGAGCCCCGCGUCAGGCUCUGGGCUGAUGGCUCAGAGCCUGGAGCCUGUUUCCGAUUCUGUGUCUCCCUCUCUCUCUGCCCCUCCCCCGUUCAUGCUCUGUCUCUCUCUGUCCCAAAAAUAAAUAAACGUUGAAAAAAAAAUUUUUUUUUUAACUCCAGAUCUUCUUGUUCCCUAUUUUUGACUUCCUUCAUAAAUUGAUAGAUUCUGUCCGUAUUUAAGGGUUCUAGAAGUAGUUUUGUCUGUAUUUAGUCCAUAGAUAACCUCCUAGUCAUUAGUCUUGUUUCAAUGUAACCAUCUUUCUAGCCAAAUCUCUCAAAACUUUUCAGUUUUUUCAAUUCAGUAGUGAGUGCUAAGAGAAGAUUAAGAAAAAUACUAUUUUGAUGGGCAAUUUAGUAUGAAAUGCAUGUUGACAUAAAGUCUACUAUUUGGGAAUAUAAAGAGGACAGGCACCAAGUUGUGCUAAGUUCAGGCAUUUACUAUGCAAAUAUUUUUUUAAGAUUUGUUUAUUUAAUCUCUACACUCAACAUGGAGAUCUACACUCAGCUUUUGACCAUUACAGAGAAGCAGGCUGUCAAAGGGCUCAUACAGACAACCCAGACCUGAUAUCAACUCUUCCUGAUCUGAAAUGAAUGAAUGAUUGUAACUUUCAUCUCCUCCCCCAAACCUGCGUAGCCCCACAGAAUUCCCCAAAUCAACAAUCAUUGUUUUUGUUUUUCACUUUCAGGUAUUGCUUAUAUGACUAGAGAUACGAAUUUUAGCAUGAAAUGAGUUCUAAACGUGCAGCUGAGUAGAGCUUCAGUUUGGCACUCUGAAAGUACAAAAGCAGUCCAUGUGUUGUCUCUAUGUGGCUUAGUUUUCCUUUCUGAACCAGGUUUUGUUCUGGAAAGUGUCAGCUUGAUUGGGGGGUAGAAGUCGAGUUCUUUCUUGCAACACUUGGUCAGUGUUUAUUUUUAUGUUGUAUCUCAAUGAGAAUGUCUUCAGUUUGAAUCUGUAUAGUAUUCUCUGCAAAACACCUUCUUUAAUGCAUAGGGUUUUCACAUUUCUGUAUAAUAAAUAAUUAUUGGUUUUCUGGU